GAGAAGCGUCUGAUUUAAUAACAGAGCGCGCGCGUGGAUGCACCUGCACUUACCGAACAUGGCACAUCUGGCGUCGUCCAGCUCUGACAUGCUUUCGUCCAUCACUCGUGCUAUCUGUUGUGGACUGGUGCGUGCUCUCCACCACUGAGCAUCAUGCUGUCCGGCAGCUGGCGUCGGGGGACCAUCAGCCCGACGGGGGGUAAAAGUGAGUCAGGAUCCAGACUGGGGAGUACCGUGAUUCUUGAAGCGCAGUAUGAUUACUCGUACCGCGGGUCGGACGGGCGUUUGGUCUCCAUACAUGAGGGCGAGCGCUUUCUGCUUCUGAAGAAGACCAACGCUGACUGGUGGCAGGCACGGAAGAUCGGGGUUGGCGUGAAGGUGAAACCCAUAUACGUGCCGGCCACGUACGUCAUAGAGUUGCCCGUCAGCUCGUUCCGCACCUCGCUGCCCUGCAGCCAAUCAGAAUGUGGCAGUUUCAAGAUGAUCCCGCGGGGUUCCUUUACAGCUUGCAUGCAACCACACAGUACAGUGCCUAACAAACAGUUCUGUCGCUCUAUGGAGAAUCUGAGCAACGGAGCUUUGAGGAACCAACACGCUGGUGGAGUUUUACAUCGAGGACAUUUCCCAAUGUUUUCCUUUUCCUCUCCCACCGGUCACCUCACGGUUCCGGGUGGGCUGUUGAGUCCCGGCGGCCCGAUCGCUCGCAGUCAGAGCUCCAGUAACCUCCCUCAGAACCCUUACCAGGACACAAACCGCCUCAGGCCCGGCACGACCUGCCCUACAAAAUCAUACAGCGAGUGGGACGUGACCAGUGGCACACGCAGACACACCGAGGGAAAUAUAGAGCUCUCAUCGUCAGCUUAUGUUUCUCAGUCGGAUCAGAUCAGGAGGCAGUGGACGGAUCCUCCUGUACCGCUACCGGGUCAACGCCCCCUGCAGACGGUGCAGCUUUGGGAUCAGUACUAUGACCAGAGCACGGGACGCUUUUAUUACGUUAGCAGCGUGACAAAAGAACGUUCCUGGAAACCUCCACGCAGAGCCCGUGAGAACCAUAACACAUCUGCGGCAAUGCAUUCUGGGGCGGUUCAGCGUGAUACCAGACACCUGUCACUUUCUUUACAGACUUCAGGAAGCAGCGCUAUACAAAAGCUGUCACCCAACUUCACCUACAUGACCCAUAUUGCAAAUGGUUGGCAGCUGAAUCAGAGCAUGCAGCGCGCGUCCUCAUCCGACGCUCUGAACUCCUCCUCUGCCAUCUGUGACGACGCCCACCGCAGGAACUUUGAAUCAGUUGGGGGCGUGGCUCACAUGAACCACUCCUACUCCAUGUUCCUGCCGUCACAAACGCAGAGAGCAGCUUCAAACGGCAAGUGGAACUACAGGCCGGAGGUGGAAGCUCCCUCAUCAGACAGCUCACCGGACCACGAGGGCAUAACUCCGGAACUAGAAAAGGCCGGCCUGCUCAACAAAACCAAGAUCGCAGAAGGAGGCAGGAAACUGCGGAAAAACUGGAACCCGUCGUGGGUGGUUCUGGUGGGAAACAGUCUUGUGUUCUUCAAAGACCCCAAAAGCCAGAAUCCUGAAAGCUGGAAACCAGGUAACAGUUGUCCUGAGAGCAGCGUGGAUCUCAGAGGGGCUCAAAUACAGUGGGCCAAUGACCUGUCCAGCAAAAAAAAUGUUUUUAAGCUGAGGACAGUCACAGGAAAUGAAUAUCUGCUGCAGUCUGAGACGGAGUCUCUCAUCAGAGAGUGGUACACGACCAUCCAGAGAGUCAUUGACAGACUGGAUGCGGAGAACCCUCUGGAUAACGUGUUGCUGUAUUCGUUGAGGAGAGCCGGUUCAGUGGAGAUGUUGGACCACAGCGGAGACGAGGAUGAGAAUCGUCUAGGACACAAAGCAUCACUUCCACGCUCCGCAUCUAACUUGGAGAACUCUGAACGCAAGCGCGUGAAGAGCCGAUUGAAGAAGCUGAUUCUCAGAAGACCACCGCUGCAGACCCUUCAGGAGAAAGGACUUAUUAAAGAUCAGGUGUUCGGCUGCCGGUUGGAGCUGUUGUGUGACAGAGAGAAAUGCACCGUACCACAGUUUGUCAGAAAGUGCACAGAGGCCGUGGAGAGGAAAGGCCUGCAGACGGACGGGAUUUACAGAGUUAGUGGGAAUCUAGCGACCAUUCAGAAGCUUCGCUUUGCUGUCGAUCACGAGCGCGCGGUGACCACAGACGGCCGAUAUCUCUUCCCUGAGGAUUUAGUGCAAGAGCGUUUGGAUCUGGAUGAUCCCCAGUGGGAAGAUGUUCACGUCAUCACCGGUGCUCUCAAACUCUUCUUCAGAGAACUUCCCGAACCUCUGGUGCCGUACGAGUUCUUUCAAGACAUGGUCGAUACCGUCAAAAUAUCUGAUUACCUGGAAAAGGUGGAGAGACUUAAACUUCUGGUCAUCAACAUGCCUCCACCGAACCACGACACCUUGUUACACAUGAUACGCCAUCUGACACGGGUCAUGGAAUGCUCCGACAGUAAUCGCAUGACGACUCAGAACAUUGGGAUCGUGUUUGGACCGACCCUGAUGCGUCCGGAGAACGAAGGAGGAAACAUGGCCAUUAACAUGGUGUAUCAGAACCAGGCCAUAGAGCUCCUGUUGAGCAAAUCCAAGCAGAUCUUUGCACCCGAACCGACGGGUUCUUCUUGAACUUCAGUACAAUGGACAACAUGGCCGGACCUCACAGAACCUGGACACAAACACACACACAAACAUGUGCAGUUCUUGUACUGAUACACAACACGGAUGAACCCAUGAAUGUCAUCAUUCAACAGAAACCUGUACAUGAAAAGAUCCCACAUGAAAAAAUACUUUAGUACUUACUAUAGUAAACCAUAGUAAAUUGUGUUUUUCUGUAAUAUAUUACCAUACUCUGUUAACAGCAUUCUUUAGUGUUUACUAUAGUAAAUUGAUAAGCUACAGUAAAUACUGUAGUAUACUUUUAAUUUUAAGGUUAGAAAUAACUUUAGAAAUCAGAACUUUUUACUAUGGUAAAUACUUAAGUACAGUAUUUUUCUUGACAACAUUUCACCCCCAACCCCAAGAGAAAAUGUGGUAUAUUUUGCAUUAAAACAAUAAUUUCAGACUUUUUGAGAAUUAAUUUUUAAUGACAAUGAAGCACCUUCCGUACUCGGUAUCUCAUCAUUUCAAUCUCAUAACCUUGAGGCAAUAAUUGUUUAUUAAAAAGAAAAUUAUUCAGAAUUAAUCCAUUAUAGAUGGUUUCAUUUCAACAGCAUACACAAACGUUUCUGCGCAUGCACACUUUUGUGACCCUAACUGAACUUCCGGUACACAUUCACAAACAACAGAGCGCCUGUAGAUUAUUUCUGAUAACCAUUAAAAAGAAACCGAGAACUUGCCUAAACAUGUCUCUCCAAUAUAGACUCUGAUACCAAACUCAACCGCUAGAUAUCAAUGUGCCAAACGGAUUCUUUAAAGUCCCCGUGAACCGGAUAUUGCGAUUGUUUUUUCUCGCGUAUUUUAACGCAUUUCCCAGUGAACUGGAAUUUCUAAUGAUAAAAUAGUGGGGAUUGGAUGUAUUAAAAUACACUUUCAAAUGGAACAGGUAGAAGACUGACAGUUGAAGGGGAGGAGUUAACGGAUGCUCCACCCUAUUCAUCUUAAAUUCUUCAUUUGUGAUGGUUUGUCAUUACAUAAAGGAAGUGAAUUUUCAGAUUUUAACUAGUUUUUGUGGGCACACAAUUUUUAAAAUGAGAAUGACUCACAUUGAUAAACUAUUUACAAUAAACGCUGCACUAUUUAGUGAAAAAAUUGUUCACUGGGACCUGAAAUGCGAUCAAACUACAGGAUUCAUUCAAGAUGUUAUUUACUUAAAAUGAACAUACAACAAAAUUAUCCAAAUCGUUUAUUUAAUACAAUUAUUUUAAAGUAAAAUCGUAAUACAAAUGAAUAUUAACAUAUAUUCAAUAAUAUAUAAAUGGUUAAAUUAUUAGAUACUAGCUAAACACAAAACGGAAGUUAACUGGGGCACGUGCGUAAGAUGAAACAGUGUAUCAUUUCUAAGAAAUCUUUUUUUGAGUGCAAAAUAUCAAUUUCCCUUUUUCCGUUUGGGGUGAAAUGUGAUUGGACAAGUCCUUGACAGGUUCUGUGUGUGUGGUCUGUCCUUCUGAGUGCCUUGGAGCGUUUCAAUCUCAGAGCUUGUUUGAAUUUAAUGCACAAUACAGCAGAUGAAGACCUGUCAGAUGAAAGCCGUAUGUGUCGCUCAUAAAGAUCAGCUCAGGUCGAAAGUUGAACCGAGUUUCACUGCGCUCGAGUCAUUUGGUCGCCUUUUAAUGAAGAAAUAAAACUGGUGAGUUUCACUCCAAUAUGCGACGCCAUCCCGGUUGCUUUGUUCCAGUGCGGUUGUCAAGUGUGUGUGUGAUUCGUAGGAGAUAGAGGAAGUUCAGAGGUGUGUGUGUGUGCCACUCUCUGCUGCCAUUUUCACAAAAUUCUGCUUUUAAUAACAGAACAAAAGAAGAACUAAAAAUGCAUAUGUUUAAAAAAUGGGUAUCCCCCUCCCGUCCCACGCCGUGGUUUGGUAAUUUUAUAUGCACUGUGGCUUUGGCAUGAGACUAAAAGAGCGAUGCAGAAUUAAAGAGGAGGGAAGGCGCAUACAGAUUUUAAUGUUCGAUUUUAUAUAUUUAUUCUUUUUUUUCUUAUUAUUAUUGCAAUGGAGGGCCCACACAUGUGUUUCAGGAGGCUACAGAAGACUGAAGUUAUAUAAAAAUAUUUUAUUUUUGACAGACAGUCAGGUGUCCUGAAAAGAUGUCAGAAUCUUUUUUCCUCGUGAGAUGAACCCUCAUAGUCUCUGUGUCCCGAUUGAAGUAAACAAGGAGUCUGUGUUGAGAUAAUAAGCUUAACGGAACAUUUCACCACGAAAAAAAGUCACUCAACCUUAUGUUGGUUCUCCCCCACACAAGUGUAGAUGUUCAGAUACAUGUUGAUCUGCUCCAUGAACAAACAGAAACAGAAAGUCACCAUUUACUACAUUUAUUCAUUUUUUCAAAGCUUUGUUGGUAAAAAUAAUGUCAAUAUGCCUAGGUCAUGGGUUCGAAUCCCAGGGGAUUGCAUAUAGUCAGAAACAAAUGUAUGAUAGAAUGCAAUUUAAGUUGCUUCGGAUUGCUUAAUGAAAGAACGCUGUAAAAAAUAUUUGUUUUUUGUUGGUUUAGCUUAAAAAUGGCUAACAAAAAAAAGUAAAAUAUUUUUCUUAA